AUGGAGCUGGCAGCGCCGGGGCCCGGAGCUUCAGGAAGUGGGGUCAGGACUGCGGCAGCUCGGAGCUCAGCACCGGCCGGCCUGCACGCCUAUGACAUCGGAGUCCUGGUCGUCUACUUCAUCUUCGUUGUGGGCGUGGGAAUCUGGUCAUCCAUUCGAGCAAGCCGAGGCACCAUUGGUGGCUACUUCCUGGCGGGGCGGUCCAUGACAUGGUGGCCAAUCGGAGCAUCUCUGAUGUCCAGCAAUGUGGGCAGCGGCCUGUUCAUUGGCCUGGCUGGGACGGGUGCUGCCGGAGGCCUGGCUGUGGGCGGCUUCGAAUGGAACAAACCAAGACCCGGAGGAGAUAGAGGGACCGCAACCUGGCUGCUGCUGGCCCUCGGCUGGGUCUUCGUCCCUGUGUACAUCGCAGCCGGUGUGGUCACAAUGCCGCAGUACCUGAAGAAGCGAUUUGGGGGCCAGAGGAUCCAGGUGUACAUGUCUGUGCUGUCCCUCAUCCUCUACAUCUUCACCAAGAUUUCAACUGAUAUCUUCUCCGGAGCCCUCUUCAUCCAGAUGGCCUUGGGCUGGAACCUGUACCUCUCCACGGUGGUCUUGCUGGUGGUGACGGCUGUCUACACCAUCGCAGGGGGCCUCACGGCCGUGAUCUACACAGACGCCCUGCAGACGGUCAUCAUGGUGGGGGGAGCCCUGGUCCUCAUGUUCCUGGGCUUUAAGGAGGUGGGCUGGUACCCGGGCCUGGAGCAGCGGUACAGGCUGGCCAUCCCCAAUGCCACGGUCCCCAACACCAGCUGCCACCUCCCCCGACCUGACGCCUUCCACAUGCUCCGGGACCCUGUGAGCGGGGACAUCCCGUGGCCAGGCCUUAUUUUCGGGCUCACGGUGCUGGCCACCUGGUGCUGGUGCACGGACCAGGUCAUCGUGCAGCGGUCUCUCUCCGCCAAGAGUCUGUCCCAUGCCAAGGGGGGCUCCGUGCUGGGCGGCUACCUGAAGAUCCUGCCCAUGUUCUUCAUCGUCAUGCCUGGCAUGAUCAGCCGGGCCCUGUACCCAGAUGAGGUGGGCUGCGUGGACCCUGACGUCUGCCAAAGAGUCUGCGGGGCCCGAGUGGGAUGCUCCAACAUAGCCUACCCCAAGCUGGUCAUAGCUCUCAUGCCCAUUGGUCUGCGGGGCCUGAUGAUCGCCGUGAUCAUGGCCGCCCUCAUGAGCUCGCUCACCUCCAUCUUCAACAGCAGCAGCACGCUGUUCGCCAUUGACGUGUGGCAGCGCUUCCGCAAGAAGGCAACGGAGCAGGAGCUGAUGGUGGUGGGCAGAGUGUUUGUGGUGUUCCUGGUCGUCAUCAGCAUCCUCUGGAUCCCCAUCAUCCAAAGCUCCAACAGUGGCCAGCUCUUCGACUACAUCCAGUCUGUCACCAGCUACCUGGCCCCACCCGUCACUGCCCUCUUCCUGCUGGCCAUCUUCUGCAAGAGGGUCACAGAGCCUGGAGCCUUCUGGGGCCUCAUGUUUGGCCUGGUGGUGGGGUUCCUGCGCAUGAUCCUGGAGUUCUCCUACCCAGCCCCAGCCUGUGGGGAGGUGGACCAGAGGCCGGCUGUGCUCAAGGACUUCCACUACCUCUACUUUGCCCUCCUUCUCUGCGGCCUCACUGCCAUCGUCAUGGUCGCCGUCAGCCUCUGUACAACCCCCAUCCCCGAGGAAGAGCUCGCUCGCCUGACGUGGUGGACACGGAACCGCCCCCGCCCUGAGCUGGAGAAGGAAGCCCACGGGGACACACCAGGAACAUCGGAGAUGGAAAUGCCACCUGAUGUGCACCCUGCAGGACGCGGAGGGACCCAGAACCCCAGCCAGGGCCCAGAGCAGCACGGAGCCCCUCGCAGGUCCUGGGGAAAGCUGCUCUGGGGCUGGUUCUGUGGGCUCUCCGGGGCCCCGCAGCCGGCCCUGAGCCCCGCAGAGAAGGCCGCGCUAGAGCUGAAGCUGACCAGCAUUGAGGAGGAGCCGCUCUGGAGACGCGUCUGCGACAUCAAUGCUGUCCUCCUGCUGGCCAUCAAUGUCUUCCUCUGGGGCUACUUUGCCUGA